UCCACUCCACAACUCCCUUCCUCCAAUGACCGCUCUUCCGCAAACACCAUGCAGAACUCGUUUGCUGUUUUCCCACGUUGACGAGCCUCCAUUCCGUCCUAAACCUUCCAUGUGAGAGCAUCCCGACAAUGUCACCAAUCCUCCUCCUCUUCACGUACUUGCUAUGUGUCCAAAGUGCCCCAACGACAACAACCACGACCGAACCACCGUCGAGCAACGAAGUCGUGAUCAGCCAGAAAAACGACUCCUACGACGUCUCCCAAUUCGACGAAGUCUACGACCAGAGACAAAACGGCUCCGAAAACUACAGACUCAAUGUUAACAAAGUCGUCCUGGUGUGGACCCCUCCCGGAUCCUUGCUAACAGCAGCCAUGCUCCUCGACCCGGCCUUGUACGAACCGGAGUUCGGCGAAUCGGACUUCUUCAAACCGGAAAGCGAAGAAAAGCCAGAGAAUUUGGUGGCGGUCAAGCCGGAAACCACGAAGGCGCCGGAGGCCGAAGCCACCACAGUGGGGAGCACCAAACGGAAGCUGAAAUUGCCCGGGUUUCUCAGGCCGUACAGAAGGAGGCACCAAAUUCACCAAUAACCAUCGCCUCAUUAUCAUGUCUAUUUAUUUCCAUUCGAUAAAUAAAAAUAUUUCACCAAG